AUGAGAGCAAAGUCUCUAAUGAUGAGAGCCAAGUCUACAAAGCGGAGAGCAAAGCCUCAGAGGAAGAAAUCGGGCUUAACAGUGUCCAACCUGAUACUGAAGGCUGUUUCCGCUUCCACAGAGCCCCACGGCAUUUCCCUGGCAGACUUGAAGAAGGUUCUGCAGGCUGGAGGAUACGAUGUUGCGAGGAGCAACGCCAGGGUCCUCAACACCAUCAGACGCCUAGUGGCCAAAAAAGCUUUGGUUCAGAUCACAGGCACCUCGGGCUCUUUCAAGAAAUCUCCAAGGAGAUCCAGCUCUCCAAUGAGAUCCAAAUCUCCAAUGAGAUCCAGGUCUCCAAGGAGAUCCAAAUCUCCAAUGCGAUUCAAAACUCCAAUAAGAUCCAAUCUCCAAAGAUGA